AUGCCGCCACCGCAAUACCAGGCCGGAGUCCACCCUGGGUACAUGCCAUAUCAGAACUACGCCCGGUCCCCGCCGCCAAUGCAGCAGUUCGCCCCCAUGACGGGAGUCGCCGUCUCGCCGGGCUACCAUCGAGCGUCACCCAAUCCGACGGUGCCAUACCAAACUCCGCUUGCCUACGGCCCUAAUGGAUUGCCUCAUACACCGUCUUCGACACACUCGUCAUUGCCGCUGCGCCCGCCCACGCCCAUGACUCCUCAGACUCCUCGGAGCGAGCAGUCAUCCGGCGCUGUGCCCCCGUCUGUUAUGAACUAUGCUCCUCCCCCAAUGGUUGUUCCUAUUCCUGCUCCUGAGCUGCCCUGGCUCUCACACCCCGACGUUCCAUUUCCCAAGAGAGUUCCUCGAUCAAAGCGGCAGAACAAGUUCCUAGCUGCGGAGGACGGCUCGAUUAUGCCGCCUGUAGUAGUUGUUGAACAAAAAAUCGCCGAAGAGCCUGCGAUUUCUGCCAAACCUGAGGCUAGCACCCAAGCUCAACAGCAAAACGGGAAGAAAGAAGCUGGUUCAGCCUCUGACUCGGCAGAUGUUUCCAAGACGUCCGAAGAGAAAAAGGCACCUGUUACUCGCCCAGCUGCGCCCGCCGUUCCUGUCGUGCCAGUGCCGCCUAAGCACAGUCCCAAGCCAUCCGCUUCCGCAGCAUCUGUGGCGGAGGAUCAGCAGGGCAUCAACGGAGACGCUGCCAAGGCCGACAACCAGGACUCUGCAGCUGCUGCUACUGCCGAACCUCAAUCCAACGAGACGAACGGUACUCCAAGCCCCGUCGUUCGAGCUCCGCCUACCAGCUGGGCCAACCUCUUUGCCAAGCCGUCGGCGCGAGCUGCUGUGAAUGGUUCAGCCGCCGGUGCCGAUGCUGUUAAUGGCGGCUCAACGGAUGGUCCAAACAACUUCAAUGCCUCGUCGUUCUCGAGGUCAAACGCUCACUCUCUUGCCCAAGCAAUUCAGUCCUACCAAGUCGAGAACAUUGACAAAGUAGACUUCCUCGAGCCGCGCGGACUCAUCAACACUGGUAAUAUGUGUUACAUGAAUUCCGUUUUGCAAGUGCUCGUGUCUUGUGUGCCCUUUUAUGACUUCCUCGAUCAAGUCGGCAAGAAGGCUGCUCACAGCUUCAAGAGCGAGACGCCGUUGAUUGACGCUUUAAUCAUGUUUAUGAGGGAGUUCAAAGUGCUCAAGUCUGCGCCGUCGGUUGAGCAGCUUAAUCGACUCCUGAAGAACGAGGAUUUUGAGCGUUACGGCGAGCCUUUCACCCCCGAGUUUGUCUACGAAGCCAUCCGGCAUCUUCCCCGAUUUGCUAGCAUGCGACGUGGCCAUCAACAAGAUGCAGAGGAGUUCUUGGGCUUUCUGCUUCAGUCACUGGAUGACGAGUGCACCCACGUCAUGAGGGAUCUGCCAGUUGGGCACGAAGAGGUGCCUUCGUCUAAUGCCUCGACCGGAUCUGGUGUCGCUUCUGACGACUGGCUCGAGGUCGGCCGCAAGCAACGUGCCGCGGUCUCUCGCUUGUCAGGUCAUAACACGUCAACCCCCAUUACCAAGAUUUUCGGUGGUCUUCUUAGAUCCGAAUUCCGCGUGCCAGGGCUGAAAGACUCCAUCACGACCGAGCGCUACCAACCCCUUCAGCUGGAUAUUGGAUCCCCCGACAUCAACAAUGUCGUCGAUGCCCUGCGUGGGCUGACUCGGCCCGAGCGUCUUCAAGGAGACUUCAACUCCCCACGCGGAAAAGAUGUCGUCGCCACGAAGCAAGUCUUUAUCGAAUCGCUCCCCCCUGUCCUGAUUCUCCAUCUCAAGCGAUUCCAAUUCGACGCCGAAGGUCGUGGCACUGUGAAGAUCUGGAAGAAGAUUGGGUAUCCUUUGGAGCUUGAGAUCCCCCGCGAAGCUUUGUCUAGACAACGCCGCCAGAACCUAGACAAUGCUUCAAUGCCCCGGUACAGGCUCAUUAGCGUGGUCUAUCACCACGGCAAGAAUGCCAGUGGCGGUCACUACACAGUGGACGUGAGGCGACAAGAUGGCCGCGAGUGGAUUCGGUUGGACGACACCGUCAUUCGGCGCAUCCGACCUGAAGACAUCGCUGAGAGUGGCGUCGAGGAAGACGCCAAGGACGCCCGUAAGGACGCAGCCUCGAAUGUUACCAGCAACCGUUUUGGAGCAAUGAACGACGAUGAUACCGGCGAUGAAGACGGCUGGAAGCAAGUCACCGCUCCCACAAGCGGUGGCAAGAAAUGGAGCAGCGUCGUCAACGGCGCAACCAACGGGGCUGCCAGGGACAAACAAGUCAAGGACAGCAUCAAGGACAACAAGGUUGCAUACAUCUUGUUCUAUCAGCGUAUAUAA